UCAGUUAUGUUGUGUCUCUUUAGCUCUAAUCCUGGAUUUCCUGGACAGUUUGAAUGUAGCAGGGGGACAGGCAGACAUGGAGUCUCAACCAGUACAGUUGACUAGGAUGGAAUACGCAAUGAAGUCUCUCAGCCUUCUUUCUCCCAAGUCUCUUUCCAGUUGGGUAGCGGUAAAUACCUCUGUGGUGAAACAGCAGCUGUUGGCUGAAACGAGUUACGUGACCAAAGCCCUACCCUACCGAGUGAGCAAUGCUGAUCGGAGCAUUCGGAAGGGGAUCAUGGCUGGUAGUCUCUUAGACCUCAGCCACAAGGUACAAGAAGCUCUAUCAGUGGUAGGCACCUUCUCCCUGGUUCUGGAAGAAGACGGUACUAUCAUAGAAACAGAGGAGUAUUUCCAGACACUAAAUGAAGACACAGUUCUCAUGGUCCUCGAGAAGGGGCAGAAAUGGCGACCAGCAUCCAACCAGGGGUCUGGAUAUGAGCUCUCACUCUCUCAAAAGCCUUCUAAGAGGAUGGAUGUGGCCUCUGUGACCUUUGACUUAUACAAAGCAAGUCCAGAUGACUUCAUUGGCUGCCUGAAUGUGAAAGCAACACUGUAUGGCAACUAUACACUAUCCUAUGAUCUGCACUGCUAUGGGGCCAAGCGCAUCAUGAAGGAAGCUCUCCGAUGUGCACUCUUCAGCAUGCAGGCCACUGGUCAUGUCCUUCUGGGGACCUCCAGCUUCAUACAAUACCUCCUUGAAGACACAGAGAAGCCACAGGCCCUGGAGAGGGGCAUGCUACCUCUCCCAACAAAGUUCAGAGUCCCUUCCCUUAUGAAACUGCUACAGUGA